UCUGUAUGUAUAUGCCAUAUGCACUUAUUGCAUUUUGGAGUUCGGUAUUUCGCUUCCAUUCCAGAAUUUAUAAGAAUAAAAAUAUUUUUAUGUUAACUUUUGUGCAAAAGAUUUAAGUUUGCGAACUUAGAGAUCGUUCCAAUCUUUAGGAGGCUUCAUACUAUUGAAGGUAAUUAAAUUUUGCAAUGAGUAAAAAUAGUCAUUUGUCCGAGAAUGAGGAUGACCCCGAUGUUUACGAAAGCUCGGGUGAUGAAUGGAACAGCGUCGAAGAGACUAAAUCAAAUAGGCGCUCUUCAAGGCGACUUAGUAAAAAGCCAAGAAUUACUGUAGCAGAACCUGAGAGUACCGAUGAAGAAGAUUCAGACAGUGAACCGAGAAAAAGAAAGUCAUCGAAGAAUGGGGUGAAUAAAAAAAAGCAAAAAGUUGCAAAGAAAGAUGAGGACUGUUCAUCUUCUGAUAACAGCAAAACAAGCACCGGCAAAACAUCUACAAAUUCUGAAUCUAAGGUAGCAAUCUCAAUUGUUCCGACAGCAAGGGGAAUUCAUCGAAAGUUCAUGCCCAAAACUAUUUUCUCCGAGGACUAUUCGACUGGUUCUUUCGUUAUCCUUAAGAAGGAUGCCCAGGUAGGAGAUCCAUCAAAACAUGCCUGUAUAUGGCGAAUUGAUGGUAAAGCCCUUCUCCAAAAAUAUGAAGCUUUUGAUGAUGAGGGCAAAGUGAGACAUAAAAAUACCUCUAUUUAUACUGGCUGGUCCCCUAUGGAUAAAGAUCUGUAUGCUCCUGUCACUGUGGAUGUUGUCCACCAUAACAACCAAAAUCUUACCGUGGAAUUGCACUGGGACAAGUUGAAGGACAUUAUUGUUGAUAGCGAUUGAACCUACUAUUAAAUUUUAUCUAAAUGAAAAUCCUAUUUUGUUAAAUUUCACCUGGAUAUAAUAUUCCAACUAAUUGAUGAAUCUUUGAUAGGUUUAUUUUCAGAAACAACACAUUUUUUAUUAUAAUUGAGACAGAACUUUAUUAGUUAUUUGAUCAUGUAGAUGGUAAUUUUGUAAGUAUUUUAAGUUCCAAAUAUAAAUAUUAUAAAUGAA